CGUGUUAAACGGCUAGUUAAAAUGAGUUCGCUGAAAUAUCUCAAAAUAUGUAUAAUUUAUUUUAAAAUGUGAAAAAAUAAACCGAUAAAGUCAUUCAAUUAACAUUGUGAAAAUAAAACACCACCAAUAAUUUAGGCAUUUUUCAUUCUCUAAAAUAAGAAAGUAAAAGUGAAAGCAAAUCUCUCUGUGAUCGGAAGCCAUUUCUGUGCUGAGAGUCACCGAAUAAAUGGCGGCCAGGUCCUCUGUGCUGGAAGAGGAGCUCACCUGUCCUGUGUGCUACGAAAUCUACAGGGAUCCUGUGGUCCUGAAGUGUAGCCACAGCUUCUGUAAAGUCUGUCUGCAGCAGUACUGGGAAGAUAAGGACUCCCGGGAAUGUCCUGUUUGCAGGAGAAGGUCUUCAAUGGAUCGUCCUCUCACUAAUCUGGCCCUGAAGAAUACCUGUGAGGCUUUCUUACAGGACAGAGCUCAGAGAUCUGCAGCAGCUUCUGAAGGUCACUGCCAUCUGCACAAUGAGAAACUCAAGCUCUUCUGCCUGGAUGAUCAGACACCUGUGUGUCUUGUGUGCCGAGAUUCAAAAUGGCAUGAAAACCACAAACUUCGACCCGUACAGGAAGUGACCCCUGAAUACAAGGAGAUACUGAGAUCUUCACUGAAACCUCUGCAGGAGAAGCUGCAAGCUUUGAAAGAAGUUAAACAAAUUUGUAACCAAACAGCAGAACACAUGAAGACUCAAGCCCAGAACACAGAGAGACUGAUAAAGGGGGAGUUUGAGAAACUUCACCAGUUCCUAAAGGAUGAAGAGGCGGCCAGGAUAUCUGCACUGAAGGAGGAAGAGGAGCAGAAGAGUCACAUGAUGAAGGAUAAGAUCGAGAAGAUCACAAACGAGAUAUCAUCCCUCUCCGAAACCAUCAGAGCUUUAGAACAGGAGCUGGGAGCUGAAGGCGUCUCGUUCCUACAGAAAUAUAAGGAAACACAGAGAAGAGCCCAGUGCCCAGUGCGGGAUCCAGAGGAGGUCAAAGGAGCCCUGAUUGAUGUGGCCAAACACCUGGGCAACCUGAGCUACAGGGUGUGGGAGAAGAUGCUGGAGAAGAACGAGAUUAAAUACACUCCUGUAAUUCUUGACCCGAACACAGCACAUACAAAUCUAAUGCUCUCUGAAGAUCUGACCAGCGUAACAUUCAGUGAUGUCAGACAAACGUAUCCUGAUAACCCUGAGAGGCCUGUAUGGUGCUGUGUGCUGGGAUCUGAGGGAUUCAGCUCAGGGAAACACUGCUGGGAUGUAGAUGUGGGGGAUGGAGUUACCUGGAGGUUGGGUGUGGUCAAAGAGUCCAUCAACAGAAAGGGGCUUUUCCCUCUGAUCCCAGAAGGGGGUGCAUGGUGUAUAGAGCUGCAUAAUAGUAAAUACACAGCAAUGACCUCACCAUCUACCCCUCUGUCUGUGGGGAAGAAACCCCAGAGGAUCAGAGUGCAGCUAGACUGGGACGGGGGAGAGCUGUCAUUCUCUGAUUCCAGUAACAAAACUCCUCUCUACACCUUUAAACACACUUUCACUGAGAGGCUGUUUCCAAUCUUCUAUACCGAUAAGAACCUUAUGCAUGUCUGUCCAGGGAAUGUGUCUAUAAGUGUUAAACAUUGAACUAAAAGUGUAUCUCGGAAGGGAAACCAGAAUGAACAAAAUAAGCAAUUCUGUAACGUUUACGACAUACAAUAGUGUGGCGUCAGUGGUUUGCAUGUUUUGUAAACGUUUCUGUCGUUUUUUGUUCCAUUUCAUCGGCGUAUGAGCUGAAAGACCGCGACUGUUCUUCAUGUAGUUCAUCUUAAACUGGCACUUCCUCCUUGAGUGUUUUGCCGUAAUCUUGAAAUUUCUUUAACAUGUACAAGGUUUAUAUUAUGUCACACAACAAUAUCAAGGAUCAAUGCCCACUCGCCUUUGAAUAACUUCAAAUGAUUCUAGAGAUUGUUAGGGUGUAACUGUGUCCGAAUCGAUGUUUAAAUGUCUACCAUAUCUCAGUACUAGAAAAUGUGAACAUUUCUUUCAAGGUCAGCUUUGUUUUUGGUUGUUUCUGUCAGACCGAUCUCCCCUGUGAUUCCAUUUUGAAGUAAAGACGUGGUCAUUUUGUCCUAA